UCUUGUUGUUGCUAGCUUGAAGCACUUCCUGUUACAAGGUCUUCGAGUUGCUGCUGCAACAAUGUUUUAACUGUCAAGUUUUUCGCUAAAGAAGCGUUUUGACAACAUUUUUAUUCAUUCGAUAUUCUUUUCUAAAUACCUAGGUUUUUUUGUAUAUAUGCAAAUCUGAAUUGCCGUUGACAUUGAACUUGCUGAUACCUGCAGACCCAUUGGGUAGUAACCUGCCCCUCCAUAAAUCUGAACCAGAACAAACAAUCGGCAUGUACGCCCACAAACGCAAGAGACUGGGAGGAAGAUGCUUGCCUUUAUUGGGACUUAUUUUGUCUUCGCCUUGUAGUGGCUGGCAUGUGUAAUCCGUGCACAGAAGUGUACAUGCAUCAUAACCACGAAGACUCAACGUUUCCUGCAAAGCCUCGCGGUAACCCUAGUGCUUUGUUUCUGACACCAGCUCCUAGGACACGACUAAACAAUGGAGACUCAAGAGGGAGCACCUAGAGACCGUUGGCAUUUUGUAGGAAUUAUUUUCUUUAUCCUUGGACUGGGAACACUGCUGCCAUGGAAUUUUUUCAUGACUGCUUCAUUGUACUUCAAUAACAGGCUGAACACGUCUGAAUGGAGCAAUGGCACAAUGACGUCCACAAAGGAGUAUUAUUUCAACAACUGGAUGACUCUGCUUUCCCAGCUGCCCCUGCUGCUCUUCACCCUUCUCAACUCCAUCCUCUACCCACGGAUCUCCGAGAAGAUACGGAUAGCAGGUAGCCAGGUCUUCAUCCUCAUCAUCUUCAUCCUCACCGCCAUCCUGGUCAAGGUUCCAAUGGUGCAGGACCGCUUCUUCUCCAUCACCAUGGCAACCAUCUGGUUCAUAAAUUCAUUUGGCGCAGUGCUGCAGGGGAGCCUUUUCGGCCUGGUAGGCUUGCUACCGCAGAAAUACAGCACAUUUUUCAUGAGCGGACAAGGUCUGGCCGGGGCGUUCGCCGCUCUCGCCAUACUGAUGGCCAUCGCAAGUGACACAAAUGCUGAAACUGCAGCUCUUGGAUAUUUCAUCACUCCGUGUGUGGGGACUCUAGUAACACUGAUCAGCUACCUGCUGCUGCCCAAACUGUAUUCCGCAGUGAAAUUCCUUCCAACAGCUACAGUGAGUAUGCUGUGUGUGUGUGUGUGUGUGUACAGUUUGUUAGUCAACAAAACUGAUGCUAAAAGUCUGAUUAAUCCAUUUUGUAUACUUUACACACGUGUUGUACAGGAGUUUGCCAGAUUUUACCUCAACAAGAGCAAGGGUCAAAGCUAUGAAGUUGAUGCUUCUAGGGAGCUUCUACCUAAAGGCAUACAGGAGAAUGGGGAACCGAACAGUCAGGCCACUGAUUCGGUGCCCAAUGGAUCUCCCUGCAGUCCGGAGAGUGACGUUGCCAGGCAAGCAUUUGUUAGCAUUGACGCUGAGCAUGACAAGCAAGUAAAGAGCUCCGUGUUGGAAGUGUUAAAAAAGAUUUGGGUAAUGGCGUUCUGCAUAACAUUCGUGGUCAUGGUCACACUCUCUGUCUUCCCCGCCGUCACAGUGGACGUGAAGACCGUUUACGAGGGAAAGUGGGAAAAUUAUUUUAUCCCUGUGUGCUGUUUCCUGCUAUUUAACGUGAUGGACUGGAUUGGAAGAUCCAUCACGUCUCAUGUGCGAUGGCCCUCUAAAGAGAGUCGGUUGUUUCCAGUGCUAGUGGUCUCCCGUGUGCUCUUCAUUCCUCUGCUGAUGUUCUGUAAUGUUCAGGAACGUCACUUCAUGCCUGUGCUCUUUGGCAACGACUGGUCCUUUGCCAUCAUCAUGGUUUUCUUCUCAGUGUCCAGCGGUUAUUGCGUCUGCCUGUCUAUGUCUUACGCACCACAGUUGGUGGCUCCACAAGAUGGAGAGACAACAGGAGCUCUGAUGAUGUUCUUCCUGGCACUGGGACUUUCUUUGGGAGCUGCUCUGUCUUUCUUGCUGCGAUUAAUCGUCUAGUCUAAUCCGCACACAUUUGAGGUUGCCAGGCCUGAUUUAUGCGAUCGCUUCCUGUUGGAUCCUUCACCCACACCAUCUGAAAGGUGUGCUCCGUUACCAGGAAGCACUCGGGACAAAACGAGCUAAUCGCUUUAUGCAGAAUAUUUUAGCAUUAUUUGAAUAUUUAGCAUAAUUUAGUAGAACGUCUGAAAGAAGAAGAAAAACUGGAUGUUAGCCAUUUUUAUUGGCCAUUUACUGCAGUUUGUUUUAUUUAAAAAAAGGGAAAGGGUCUUUGACAAUGACCGAACAAAAGGGAAUAGACACAGCAUAUUCUGGAAAAAUAACCCUCAGUUCACUUUAUACCAAAUACUGCUAGAGUAGUUAAAUGAAAUUGAUUGGCUCCUGAGUGGCAUAACAAAAAAGUGAUGGUGUUCCUCUCUCCUGUCAAAUUGUUAUUGUCUGCAGAAGAGGGUAGAUAGUGCCUUCCUUUGAGUGAGUUCAGGUGUCCUGUAACAUGGAAUGAGCAGCAUUCUGGUGGCUAGAUUCAUGCGACCAUGAGGAAGCAAGUGCUAGCAUUCGUCAUCCCUGGUUGUUAGCGGUUACAUAACAGACAGGAAAAUAGGCAGGGGGGAAAAACCCAAUAUACAAUUUUGCCACAGUAAUACAGGAGACACCUGAAAACUACUCUUUUUCCAUUUUAUUUAUUUUUCAGCUAAAGCAACAGUGGGUGCGUCGAUGGAUGAAUGGAUGGGAGAAAGAAAGGGAAUCGGCAUGGUUGGAUGGAUGGUUGGGAGAAAAAUGGGAAUCGGCAUGAAUGGGAUUUUUUGCGGGGGGAUUUUAAGGAUUGAUUUUAAAGAUUUUGACUGCAGGACGUUUUAAAUAAUAUUGACUUAAAAGGCUCUAGAGUCUUCUAGAACUGACACAACAGCCAUGUACCUCCUUAUUAUGACCAGAGAUUUCCGUUUGUAUGCUGGCAGGAAAUAAAGGGUUAACCAGGGGUGGUUCCUUAACCAGCAGUGUAAAAAUAGAUGCUGAUUAUGUUAACUUGUAGCCAGUAAACAGUAGCUAAUCAGUAAUAACUAUAACCUCAGAAACAUUCACAUUUCACACUUCGUUUCAUUUCUAUGUAAAAAGGGAAAAAUGAUCAUACUGUGGGGUUUUGGUUUUCCAGACCACGGAGGGAAAAAGGAAGAGAGAAAGGGAAGUUUUAUGCUUAUUAGUUAUAAGAAACUAUAUAUCACGUUUUAAACCUGGUUCUCAAUGUACUCACACACACACACACACACGUAAAAACAGUAGAUGAAGAACAUUUAGUAUAUUUCAUAAUGGCUAGAUAUCAGGCUAGAUAUUUAUUGGCUCAGUGUAAAACAUUUUGCAUACAUUUUAAGAUUUUGUUUAAGAUUUAUUAACACUUCGCUUUUUAUACAGAGAAUGACCGAAUUUUAAAACCAUUACCAAAUAUUAAAUAUAACAAAAGUGGAUUGUAAUGGAUUUUUUCUUUUUGGUCUACUUUGUACUUUAAAAUUCAUAUUCAGCAUAAACAUUUGUAACUGUACUCUAGUAAGGAAUAUGUUCUUAGAAUAAGGGAAAAGGUCAUUGCUUGGUUUAGAGAAAAUAUGUUUUCCCUUGAGGAAUUGUUUUGACGCGUUUUUGAAGAUGGCGUGCAGUGACGCACACUUGCGUGAACGUUCCGAGCAAGAUGUUUCCUCAAACGGUUUCCUAUUUUCUCUGUGCUUGAAUUUUAGGUGGAGUAAAUUACAGGCUUUUACCGAAGCUGUUUUUCAGCUCUGACAGCUCGUCUGCGAGGUCAUUACAGAGUGUUACGACAGCUCUGCGAUUUGGCCCUGUUUUAUUUCGACUGGUUAAAAAGGGAGCAUGAGAGCUGAGGAGGACUUUUCUCAUUUCUUUACAUGCUUUUAUGAUGAAUCUCUGUUUCCAUGGUAGCAUUUAGAAGUGUAGAGGGAUCUGUUAGCACUCAGCGCUGUGCUGCAAAGUCUGUACGCUUGUGAAAGUCAUGUUUGGAGAGUAUAGGAAAACGUUUAAAGCCAUAUUGUUCUCACAGAUCCUGUCUAACAUGAAUUUGCCAACAGUUAAGUCUCAUCUGAUGUUAUUUUUAAGCAUUAGACGUUUUUUUUUUUUUUUUUUUUUUUAAAUUGCAGUAAAUUUCAGGGUUUUAAUGUGUAUAACUGGUUAUGCCUGUAAAUACUGACCUGACAAGUUCAGUUACCUCUUUUCUGUCAUUUAUUUUAUUGUUAUUUUUAGUGUUCUAGUUAUGCAUUAUUAACCCUCCUAUUAUGUUGACACAUCUGAGAUGUUAAUCUCUCUCUUUCUCUCUGAACUUUUUGGACUUCCCUCGUUAGCCACUACAUGUGCUUAUAUAUGCAAGUAUUAUAUGCAAUGUCGGACAAGGUUUACUGUUCGAAGCUGUUCUUUUGCGUGUAUUUAAACUGUGGAAGUCAUUUUGACACGUAACAUAAUGGAGGUAACUUUUUCCCCCAACAUAAUAGGGGGUUAAAGAAGCCGUUUUUAAUGUUUAUAGUCCUUGGCUUUCUGGGAGGUGAAAUGUAUGUAACUGCAGUUAAAAACAUUGACAACUUUUGAAACUGCAUAUGCCCCAUGAGUGUGCUUUUUGUUUGUUUGUUUUUUAUUUAAUAUAAAGGGGAAAAAAUGGCACAGUUGAGCAGUUUUGUUCCUGUGGUAGGUGGAGCUAAUUUCUGGUCAGGAAAUAAACAGUGAAUCCAUUGCAUGACGAUAUUUGAAGUCAGUAUUUCUAUGAGUUCUAACACCUUUAAUAAACAUUACAAACGGCAGCUUUUAAUUAUUCUUUUGUUUUUAAAUCACAAUCACUUAUUUCCUAACCUUUUUUUCCUUUUACAGUCAGGUGUUGCCUAAUUUGACAGCUACAGUCCUCAUACACUUUCACUUGUUCAUUAUUGUUUUUAAUCCGUUUUCUUCCCUUCCUUCUGUGUUUAAGCUUGACUUUAUUUUAUUAACUUGUGUUUUUUUUUGUUGGUUUAAACUUUAAACGAGGUGAAAAUGAAAGGACUAGGGUUCUCCUAGACCUCUACUAUAACAUGAGUAUGCUGAACUGUAUUUUUGUCCAGGGAAUGAAUUUGUACUUUCCAAUCACUAUGUAGACAAGAGGCAUGUUUGUGGAAAGAGAUAUACCCUUUAAGCUAUACAGCAACGACAACCUGAUGGACUUGUUUCUUUCCCUUGUGCGAGCUAAAUGAGCUGCAACACAAAUGUAUGCAUGUGAGAGUUGUCUGGACUUUAUUCCUGUCCAGACAACUCUUGUUCUGCCUCCUAGUGGAGUGUUGAGAACCAAGAAUGCCACAGAUGGUCGAAGAAUUUCUUUUUCAUUCUUGAAAGACUGUUAAUGAAACCAUUCAACUGAAAUCUUGGAAUAUGGGAGCCAGUUAUCCAUGACUGUGUGUAUAUGCAUAUUUGGAAGCCGUUUUCCUUUCCUCAGUUUAAAAGAUGUGGCAUUUUUGUUAUUGCUGAAAUAAAAUGCAUUUUUUAUUAAAUAAA